AUGGAUUUCGAUACCCCAGAAGAAACACCAGCCUGGAAGGAACACCCCCUUACACUAAUGAAGGCGGGCAUGACAAGGAGCAUGCAUGCAACUUCGACCAAAACCGCACCUAAGGUAAUCACUUCUAACGCCUACCAAGCUGCCCACCUCAGACCCCGAACCAAAGGAAAAAGCGACGGAUCCUGGUACGACUUCAUUGACGACGGCGGACGAUUUAUCCGUCGUUCCUCCCUGUAUUUCGACCCCAGCCAUCGUGAUAAACGUUUCAAUAACGAAAAGGCACUCGAACUCCUCAAUGCUCACCUCCAAGACGUCACGGACGACCUUGCGAAAAUGACCAAACUGAUGUGCGAAUGGCGUUGCGCACGGCGUACCUGGGAAUAUGAAUUUGUCCUCUGGCUAUACCACAAACAUCCUACGUAUCUUGUCAAUGAAAAGCUGACCGACAAAGACAUUCAGGAUGCGAAGGCUUUCGUACUACCUGAAAUGAAUAACCCAGGGAGUCGGGAGAUUCACUCCCAUCCAGUUGGGAUUACGGAAAAUACAACCACUAUGUGGCCCCGAUAUCAGCCAGAUCCUAUUCGCGCUGCUUUGAAUCCCCGAAGGUUUCUUUCUCAAGAUGACCUUCACAUUUUACGUGAAAUGUUCCCAUCUGCGGUCGGCGCGAAGGUUUUCGUGAGUGGCUUCAUCGUGAUCCUUUUCAAGACUCGCGCGGACAUCGAGAAGUCCUGGCUGGAGGAUGGAUUUGCAAGCGAGUUCGGCAACUGUUCAAGCUCAUUGGGUGCUGCGAAGCCAUUGAGUUCUCUGUCAACCAGUAUCCGCAUCUGGUUUAAGCCAAAACGUGCUCCUUCUGUUUCCGCCAGAAGCGGCAAUGCGUCCCCGUGGCUUGUUCCUUCCCUGGUGGGAGCCCAGCACCAAGGUCAUAAGAAGCCGAGGGCCGAGGAUAAUGGCCAGGUUGAUUUUCGACAGGCGUACACCUUCAGCUUGAGUGACAUUAUCACGCUUUUAGCGGAUAUCACCAGCCGCCCCGGUGCAUACGGAGUUCCCCCUGAGAAUGUCGCCAACCUGGUGUUAAUACACCAGGAUAUCACUCACCUUUACCACCCAGAUGGCCCUGACUUCCUCAUCCCACUGCCACCCCAGAACACUGACCGCGAGCAUCCUCCCAACUGGCCCUCUGCUCUGGCGUCAUUUUGGCUUAUAAAGUUAAUAUAUGAUGGGAUUGAAUCCUAG